CCACAUUUACUGUAUUGGUUGAACAGUGCGGAAGACGAUCUCCUCGAAAGUUUUUUAUUCUCCUCAUCGUCAGUACGGAGUGGAUCUAGUUCCAGGCGUUUAUUUUACGCCUGCUUCGUUUUAGGUUAGGAAUGAUCAAACUGCUGCUGCCAGCGAUAACCACACUUUGAGCUCGGGGUCAGACACCACACGGCCAUUUUCGAGUGAGCUUCAUAUAAACGGUCUCCGGCUGUAUGCUUUCCCCCUGUUAUUGCAUUUUUGGGGGUCAACUUUAAUCAAGAACAGAAGCGUAUAGGAGCGAAGGGCCAUGGCCUUCCUGGGGACAGCAGUGCGGAAGGUGGCUAGCUGCCGUCCGGCCCUCUCCCCGCUGUGCCGCUCUGCCACCACCUCCCGCCUCUACAGCUCCAGUUCAGAGCCCACCACGGAGAAGAGCGUCCCCUACGAGAACGUACUCAAGGUGGAGGAGGGUGGCAGUGGGCCUACCAAGCCCCUUCCCAAGUCAGCAGAGGCUGUGGUAAUCGGAGGGGGAAGCCUGGGAUGCCAGACAGUCUACCACCUAGCCAAGAUGGGCAUGACCAACGUGGUGCUGCUGGAGAGAGACCGACUGACCGCCGGAACCACCUGGCACACAGCAGGUCUGCUGUGGCAGCUGAGGCCCAGUGAUGUGGAGGUGGAGUUGCUAGCCCACACCAGACAGGUGAUCAGCCAUGACCUGGAGCAAGAGACCGGUCUAGAGACUGGCUGGAUCCAGAACGGAGGCCUCUUCAUCGCGUCCAACAAGCAGAGGCUGGAUGAGUACAAACGUCUCAUGUCGUUGGGGAAGGUGUACGGUAUUGAGUCCCACGUCCUGUCCCCCGCUGAGACCAAAGACCUGUACCCACUGAUGAACGUCGAUGACCUCUAUGGCACGCUGUACGUCCCCAAGGAUGGCACCAUGGACCCCGCUGGCACCUGCACCACCCUGUCCAGGGCAGCCACUGCCCGUGGUGCCACGGUGAUAGAGAACUGUCCAGUGACGGGUAUCCAGGUGAGCACAGACGACAUGGGAGUGAAGAGGGUCAAGGCUGUGGAGACCUUCCACGGAACCAUCCAGACCCCCGUGGUCGUAAACUGUGCAGGUGUGUGGGCCGCUAAGCUGGGUGAGAUGGCUGGAGUCAAGGUGCCACUCGUCGCCAUGCACCAUGCCUACGUCGUGACCGAGAGGAUCGAGGGCAUCCAGAACAUGCCCAAUGUGAGGGACCAUGAUGCAUCAGUCUACCUUCGUCUACAAGGUGACGCCCUCUCCGUGGGGGGUUACGAACAGAACCCGGUCUUCUGGGACAAGGUGUCUGAUAAGUUUGCUUUCAGCCUGUUUGACCUGGACUGGGAUGUGUUCAUGCAGCACAUAGAGGGAGCUGUCAACAGAGUCCCUGCUCUGGAGCAGACUGGCAUCAAAUCCACUGUUUGUGGACCAGAAUCAUUCACAGCGGACCACAAGCCCCUGAUGGGUGAGGCUCCAGAGGUCAGGGGAUUCUUCCUGGGCUGCGGGUUCAACAGUGCAGGUAUGAUGCUGGGAGGAGGCUGUGGCAGGGAGCUAGCCCACUGGAUCAUCCAUGGACGUCCUGAGAAGGACAUGUACGGCUAUGACAUCAGGCGGUUCCACCACUCCCUGACAGACAACAAUAAGUGGAUCAGAGAGAGGAGUCAUGAGUCCUAUGCUAAGAACUACUCUGUAGUGUUCCCCUUUGAUGAGCCUCUGGCCUCCCGCAACAUGAGGACAGACCCCUUCCACAAGGUUCUGACGGAGCAGGGCUGCGUGUUCCAGGAGAGACAUGGUUGGGAGAGACCAGGAUGGUUCAACCAGGAUGGCGCUGCUCCAGUUCUGGACUAUGAUUGGUACGGGGCUUAUGAUAUUAGCAAGAACCAGAACUACAAAUACAACGAGCUGCUUGGCAAGGAGUACACGUUUGACUACCCUCCACAUCACCACGUGAUAAAAAAUGAGUGUCUGACGUGCAGGCAUGGAGUCUCGGUGUUUAACAUGUCCUACUUUGGAAAGUUUUACCUGACCGGGCCAGAUGCUAAGAAGGCUGCCGAUUGGCUAUUCUCCGCAGAUGUCAACAAAAUCCCAGGCUCUACUGUGUACACCUGUAUGCUGAACAAGAGAGGAGGAUCUGAGGCUGAUCUCACAGUCAGCCGGCUCGAGGCUGGCACUGCCAACCUGCCCCUGGCUCCAGAGGCCAACGGUGAUGCAUACUACCUGGCCAUCGGUGGAGGUGUAGCAGAACACAACUGGAACCACAUCAAGACUGUUCUCCAGGAUCAGGGUCUCAACUGCCAGCUGACUGACUACUCUGAAGACAUGGGCAUGAUCAGCAUCCAGGGGCCCAAGAGUCGAGAGGUGCUACAGGAGAUCCUGGAUACAGACCUGAGUAACGAAGCCUUCCCUUUCUCCACACACAAAGUCUGUAACGCCGCCGGACACAAGGUGCGUGCCAUGCGUCUGUCCUUCGUGGGCGAGCUGGGCUGGGAACUGCACAUCCCUAAGGACUCCUGCUUGCCUGUCUACCAGGCUGUCAUGGCUGCCGGUGCCAAGCACAGCAUCAUCAACGCCGGAUACAGAGCCAUCGACUCCCUCAGUAUAGAGAAAGGCUACAGACAUUGGCAUGCUGACCUGCGGCCUGACGACACACCUCUGGAGGCGGGACUAGCGUUCACCUGUAAGAUGAAGAGCACCAUUCCCUUCCUGGGUCGGGCCUCUCUGGAGAAACAGAAAGCUGAGGGACUACGUAGACGCAUUGUCUGUUUCACCAUUGAUGAGAAAGUCCCGAUGUUCGGCCUGGAAGCAAUCUUCCGCAACAGCGUUCCAGUAGGCCAUCUGCGGCGCUCCGACUACGGGUUCUUUAUUGACAAGCAGAUUGGCUACGGAUACAUCCGCAACCCUGACGGAGGAGUGGUAAAUGCUGACUUCAUAAAGAGUGGGAAGUUCACUCUGGAGAGGAUGGGUGUGGUGUACGAGGCCAAGCCCCACCUCAAGUCGCCCUUUGACCCCUCAAACAACCGCGUGAAAGGCAUUUACCCCGACAACUACCACAACGUUUACAAGGCCAACGCACAAUAAUGUACAUCGAGGUGUGAUUGGACAAUGUGACUGUUUGUUUUUGUCCCUGAUCUCCCCCAGCAUGUCCCCAUGUUGGAGUCAGACCUGAGUCUAAAUACUUUGAGCUUUUGUUCUAGCCUACCAGGAGUGCCGGUGGGCAGGAUUUUAAAAGAUUCUGGACUUUUCUAUUGGUUCAAUUGCAACAGGCAAGCUUAUUCGAGCACAGCUAAAGUAUUUGAAAGGACAUGAAAUAGUAUUUGAACCCAUGUCUGGUUGGAGUAUCAUGUGAGGUACAUGUUUACUGUCUCUGUCUGGCGUAAAGCUUGAGGAUAGCAGUGUUUUUAAGAGUCGCCAGUUUGGUACCAUACCAAACUGCAGUACCAUACCUCAACACCAUGUUAUUCUCAUGGCUGAAGGCGAAGCUACCAGCUACUUCUGUAAAUCUUAAAAUCAUCUCUGAUUGUCAAGUAGAAAAUAUGAUAAAUUGAUUAACAAAUAGUUAAAGGGUAAAUAUACUGUACUUAACGUGCCUUGCUUUUUUGAACUACUAAAAAAAAGUGUAUAAAUUGGUGACCUGCAAUAUAUUCUUAGUUUCAUUAAUGUUUCUGGUGCUGCUAUUGGUGAGCAUGUUUUAAGAUCCCAUUGGUUCAAUUGCGCUUUUAUUGUGUUCAUAUUAGUGUAUGCUAACUCCAGAGUUGAUACCAAAUGAAAUCUGAUUGCUGAUUUGGACUCUAAUAAUGCAUGAAUAAAAUGACUUGUCUGUGAACAAAUGAAGACUGCUCGCCUGUGAAAUCCUCAAUACACUUUAUUGAUUAAUUUCAAAUACAAUCCAUAGAUGAUGUAAUUUGUUUUAGUGGUGUGUUUUUUUCUGUUCUUUGUAUCCUGAACAUAAUGUUUCAGAUGUUGCAAGGAAUGCUGGGUCAUGUGGUCUUAAUGUUGUCUCACUUCUUCCUGCUUCAAUGCAAUCUUACAUUUUCACAUAUGAAGAAUCAGGUUAGUGACUUCAACGACCGCUUUAGAAGACAAGGUGGUGUAGUUUCCUGUUAUUUUAGAUCUCAUGUAUAUGCAGUUAUUGGUGUCAAUGAUUGCCAUACAGCUUAAAAUGAAAAACUAUGCCGAUUUAAAAUCUAACUUAAUUUCAUAUUUAUCUGAUCUUUCCCACAGAUUCCUUUAUGAAUAAAUAUCUGUACUGGA